AUGGUCGGAAAGAAAUCGGGUAAGGCCCUUCGGGAUGAGGGCCUGGAGCGCACCGACAACAACAUGGAACUAUCCAGCUGGCCCCAGAUCCCAGCAAUCAACCAGAAGAACUAUUACACUGACUACCUGAAGCGCGACGACCAGAACCUGGCGUUCCGCCUGCAAAAUGAGGAGGCAAGAACGAGAAUGACCAAGAAGGCAAAGGACCACGACCGGGCCAUGGCAAUGGCCAAGCCCGAGAAUGCGGAAGGCGAGGGCGAGGCAGAUGGCGAUACCAACAUGGAGGAUGCGGAAGAGACUCCAGCUGAGAUGGCUGGCUCCAAGGUCAUUGUCAUUCACAUCGGCAGCCAGAAUCUCCGUAUUGGCCUUGCGAGUGAUGCGCUACCAAAAACCGUACCCAUGGUUAUUGCGCGAAAAGCAGCCACCAGCGAGUCUGAAGACUACGCAGAACCCAAGCCGAAGAGGUUCAAGGCCGAGGAUGAUUCUGAGCUAGAGCCUGAGAAGGCUUUUGGUUCUGAGUGGUCCUCUCAUUUCAACCGGAUGUCUGCAGAGUUGAAGGUGCAUAUGCGACAGAACAAGCGACGGAUGCUUCCUAACUCCAAGGAGAUGGUGGUGAACUACAACCGCAGGACAGUACCGGAGAUCAUCUCUGAACACAACGACCCGAUGCGUGUCGAAUGGACCGAGCUCUCAAAUCCCCCACCAGAGUAUGUUGUUGGGCAGCCGGCGCUGAGAAUACCCGAUGCAUCAAAACCUCGAUACAAGCUCUAUUGGCCAAUCCAAAAUGGCUGGUGUAAUGAGAAAGACUACGAAAGCAAGAGGAUGCUGUUCCUGGAUAUCUCACUGAUCCUGGAAGACGCUAUCCAGAACCAAUUGGGCCUGACCAGUAAAAAGGACUGGACACAAUACUCUUGUGUAUUCGUCAUCCCAGACCUUUACGACAAGGCCUACGUCACCCAAGUUCUGGAAAUGUUGAUGCGCGAAUUUGCAUUCUCUCGGGUGUGUUUCAUUCAAGAAAGUCUGGCGGCCACCUUUGGUGCCGGCUUCACCUCAGCCUGUGUGGUCGAUAUCGGAGCGCAAAAAACCUCUAUCUGCUGCGUGGAAGAAGGCAUGUGCGUUGAGAACUCGCGUGUAAACUUGAAGUUUGGUGGCCAAGACAUGACCGAAGCCUUUAUCAAGAUGAUGCUGCACGAUCACUUCCCCUAUGCCGACAUCAAUCUACGGCGCAGACAUGACUUUCUCCUGGCGGAAGAACUGAAGAAGAACAUCUGCACCAUGAACGAAGCAAGCGUCUCUCCUCAGGUCUUUGACUUCCAUCUUCGUGUGGCGGGCCAAGAUACGCGGAAGUACUCAUUUAAGGCCUUUGACGAAGUUCACCUUGCGCCAAUGGGUGUCUUUGAGCCUAGCAUCUUCGAUAACGAGAAUAAAAUUGACGGUCGACGGACGUUGAUUGGCAGAUCCGCUGAUAUCUACGACGGACAGCCCAACGAUCCUACUUCUGCCGCGCAGUCAGAAAUUUUGACUGCCAUUGCUCCCCCUUUGGCUAAGAUUAAUGGUGAAUCUCCCUCAGUAGCCGAUGUUCAAGCUACGCCCAGCCGCCCACAGCAUCCCACUGCUAUCAGCAAACUCCAGGAGCUUGAGGGGACUCCCCGGUCUUCUGUUGCCGGGUCCCCUGUUCCAGAGAACACGGGGACCCCCCAGGCAGGCGGUACAAGCACACCCGCAGUAGCAGCUUCAUCCCAGACUUCUCGUCCCCCAACCGUGGAAGAACGUGAUGAUAUCAUACCAAUCUUCGCCUUGGACAACGCCAUUCUGACUUCCAUCGCACACGCCGCUCGUUCCGACGAGAAGAAAAUGCGCGAUUUCAUUGGUGGUAUCAUGGUAGUCGGCGGCGGCAGUCUGACGGCUGGAUUCCAUUUGUUCCUGGAAGAGCGCCUGCAGGCUCUUCGUCCUGGCUUUGCCAAGGAGAUCAUGAUUGGAACACCGCCUCGAGACUUGGACCCCCAGGUUGUUGUUUGGAAGGGUGCCAGCAUUUUUGGCAAAUUGGACGCCACAAAUGACAGCUGGAUUGGACGAUUGGAGUAUGAUCGACUUGGGCCGCGGUUGAUGGCUUACAAGUGUAUGUGGGCUUAUUGA